GUGCUAGACAAUUCUAAAUCUGAUACUGUAUUUUCCUAGUUAUUAUGAUACUUGAGGUUACCUGAAAAGCGAAGAUAACGAACAGUGAUCAAUCAUAACUCAUAUAAGCAAUACAAAACAGAGAGUUGGGCAAACACGGACCCCUGGAUAUACAUGAGCUGGGAUCAGGUGCCUAGGAGGAGUAAGCAUUCCCUGUCGACCGGUCACACCCGCCGUGAGCCCUAUAUCUCGGAUCAGGUAAACGAAGCCAUCCGUAGUCAAUAUCAGUGUGGCAAGAACGGCCUAACAAUCGGCAUGAAACACGUCAGACAGCAUUUGACCCAAUGAUAGGUUGUAUCGGCAAACUAGAUCAUUAUAACCGCCAUAGAAUUUGCGAAAUGCUGAUUUUAAACGAGACUUUUGGAACCCCUGCACUAUCAAUAUCGAAUCAGUUUAGAGAUGUAAACACCAUAUAUAGGUGAUAAUGGAAUAUUGCUACAUAAAUAUGGGAAGUUGACGAUGGAGAAGUUGAAUUCAUCCCGUUUGUCGUAAAGUUGAGUUGUUUGCCGUUAAUAUCUACUUUCAAUAAAAUAUCCAAGUACAUGUAUGAAGCAGAAGUGGACGACUCUGUGGUGCCUUUCAUUUCGAGCUCACAGGGAUAAUAUCGAAUCGGCAUAAGAAUGUAAGUUAUUAUUGUUAAUAGACAAAACGUCGCCUGUUCUAGUCUAUAGCAAUGAAACAUACCAUCUCAAGAGAUGCCAGAUUUCACCUUUCCAAAUGCUUUGAACCUUCUCAUGGUAGCAGUUUAAUAUAAGAAACAAUUCUUCCUGCUGAUAAAUGUUUUGGACAAAAACAAAAACUAGAACUUACAAUACCAAGAAACGGACAAGCUAGAUCAUGAACUCGAAACCUGCCCCCGCUUCAUCUUUUAUAAUAAGAAAUAAUCUUAAAUCGCCUCAAAGAGAUUCUUCCCCAUUAUUGUUUCAAAAUCCGCCUUUAAUGUUAAUUUCUUCUCACAGUAUGAUUUUGAAUCAAGUUAUUGAUAUAUGUAAUACGCCUUUCUACCGAAUAGGAUCACAUUACACAAUCCCUCUGCACAAAACUCCUAAACGUACACGAAGACUGAGCAUUAUCAAGACAGACUAUCUAAGGUUCCAAAUAAUACACUGUGACCUGUACAGAUAACUCAUUUGAGGUAAUUGAAACUUGGCCUCUUGUGUUUGAUUGCAUGUACUCGUGUAAGCUGUCAGUUUCACACUGAAAUAAUCGGACCACGAUUAAUCCUUUAAAACUAGCACUGGCCAUGUCUGUGGGUCAGUCGUAACCACCAUGUUGAAAGUAGCAGUCCUUCUCUCUGCUGUGUGCCUGGUAAUCGCAAAACCUCACAGGAGACCUCAUGGAGGAAAUGGUCAUAACACGGAUACCCAGCUAGUUCAGGCAGAUCUGACGGCCAUUUUGCAAAAUAUAAAUCAGGCAGGAUGUGGAAGCCCGUCCAUCAGCCCUGCUGUGACGUAUAUUGUCGGUGGAACUGAGGCUCACGCUAACAGCUGGCCAUGGAUGGCGUCUUUAGAAUUUCAAGGAACGCACAUAUGUGGGGGAAGCCUGGUAUCAGAUAAAUACGUCAUCACUGCGGCGCAUUGCGUGCAAGGUUCCAUGGCGACAGUCUCACAAUGGCACGUUCGCUUGGGAAAACACGACAGAUCAAAAACAGAGUCCUCUGAACAGAAUCUGUCUGUUAAAACCAUCAUAAGUCAUAAUAGUUACAGUAGUUCCAAACUCACCAACGACAUCGCUCUGAUGGAGCUAAGUACGCCUGCACAAAUCAACUAUUUCGUUAGCCCAGUCUGUGUGAUUGAUGUAGAUACUGGAACGAAUUGCUUCACCACAGGAUGGGGAGACACCCUAGGUACAGGAUCUAAUUUAGUUUUAAGACAGGUGACAGUGCCAAUCAUUGAUCAAUCCACCUGUGCCAGCCGUGAUUACUAUGGUAGAUAUAUGGAUACGACCACCAUGAUUUGUGCUGGGUAUGAACCCGGCGGAAAGGACUCCUGUCAAGGAGAUAGUGGAGGACCUUUAGUUUGUAGCUCUCGAGGAUCAUGGUACCUCACAUGAAUCACCAGCUGGGGGUUUGGCUGUGCUGAAGCUUUCAAGCCUGGUGUGUAUACCCGAGUGGUCAACUACGUUAGCUGGCUGGGUAACAACGUCGUGAACUAAGUACCGAAAACCUUAGUCAGUUACCUUGUUGUUAUUUUUAAUGUGCAUGUUGUUCAUUUACAAAUUUUUUUCUCCAUUA